AUCUGAGUGACAUUAUCUUGAGUUUCUGAGAUAUUUAGACUGAAUGGCCCCACCAAUGUUCUUGUCUUAGAAAUAUCUUCCAUUCAGCAGUGACUGUCUUUGCAUAUAUUGUUGAUCCUGUAAUGCUUACUGCAUUAUCUCUUCAGCUCAAAUAUUGGUGAAACAUUCUAUUGGUAGAAAUGGAGACUGAGUUGGUGAAACGCAGAAUUCACAUGAUCGCAGCCCACUUUGCUUCCAAGGAUGAUACUUCAGCUACCCAUGUUCUGCCAAUGAACUGCAGUGGCAGUCUGAAUUCUGUGCUCAGGAGAUGCGAUAAUAAGGUGUAUUUUGCACGCCAAGCAUCUUCUUCUCUUGGUUAUUUUAUGAGGCAAACUUCAAUCGAAGAGGGUGGCUCAACUUUUGCUCCUAAAACUCAUCAUGGUGUUGGUGCUUCAUCUGAAUGCGCUUCUACUGCAAGAGCACCAUGUUUUGCUAGACCUGCGGUGGCAGAAUCACUCUCAAAAAAUUCAGUGGUCCAAUCACUGACUCCGGAGCAGGGCUUUGAUACACUUGAACCACCUACAUUUGCCAGGCCAAACAGACAGACUAGAGGAGAUCAGUUGCCUUCUGAGAAGAAAACGUGCUAUUCUGAAAUUGGUGGAAUUGAGUGGUCUCCAAGGAUGGAUGUUGCAGAAUCAGAAAGCAAAUAUGUGAUCACAGUGGAAGUUCCAGGUGUGAGUAUCAGUGACAUAAGAGUGGAGGUUGAUGAUCUAAAGUAAGAAGCAUAUCUUAUACUAA